AUGAAGAUGUGUGCCGAACUUGGCGCUCGAUUUUUGGUCAAGAAGCCUGUUGAUGUUGGAACCAUACAGAGUUUGUGGCAGCAUCUUGACCUGAAAGUUUUAAGAACGGAGAAGAUCAAGGAUUUGCUUCGAGGUGGCAUUAUAACUUGUGUCGGAGAUAAAAGCACUUGUGACAGUGAAAUGAAUUCUUUUGCUAAUAACCAGAAGGAUGAUAACAAGAAGAAAUACUAUCUCAUGUGGACUCCACAUCUGCAGAAAAAGUUUUUGGAUGCUCUUGAAAUACUUGGAGAAGAUGCUUCACCUAAGAAAAUAAAGAUGAUCAUGGAUGUGGACAACAUAGAUCGCAGACAGAUCGCUACUCAUCUUCAGAAACAUCGGCUGAAACUUAAAAUGAAGCUGAACAAGGCAUUAUUUACAAACGGAAGCAGCAAUGGCUCAUCAAAUUCUGGAACUGAGCCUGCAGAGAGUCAUCCCAGAUGCCGUAGCACAACCCUGCAGCCUCAUCCCUGCAGUGCUCAAGCUGCAAAAAUAACUAUGCAAAUCCUCCCUGAAGACGACGACGAACACGACGACAUUUAUGCAGCAAUGCGAAGAGCCUUACAGGAUAGGACUGUCUUUGAUGAGUGCCAGUAUUCCAUGGAUCCUUGUGGUGAUGAACAUGAUGUGGGAGGAGGAUAUGGAUGUGCUGGUGAAGCCAAUGCUAGAGACUCAUCCUCUGGUGAUCAUCAUCAGGUUGCUGCUGUUGCUGAAGAAGAUAUGAUCAACAAUAUGCCUUCUCCUGAAGAUAUGCAAGCCACUAGGGGCAAGGCACCGGUUUUCAGCCUUGUGGAUUAUUCAGACUCGGAGAGCGGUUAA